AUGCUGACUCUCCGACGCGCCACCAUGUACGACCUCGUCGGCACAUUGGAUUGCAACCUUGUCAACCUCAUGGAGAACUACAAGAUGGAUUACUAUUUCUACCACCUUCUCACGUGGCCGCAGCUGACCCAUGUCGCUGUAGGACCCAACGGCAACGUCUGCGGCUAUGCCAUGGCAAAACUGGAGGAUGAGAUCGAAAGGGCUGGCCAUCUCACAUCGGUUGGCGUGCUGAGGUCUUACCGGUCUAUGGGAAUAGCUAACAAUGUUAUUAAGCAAGGGCAUGCAUCCAUGGAUGCGGUGUAUUUGUGCGAGGCAGUGUACCUGUUUGUGCGCGUUAGUAAUUGGGCCGCCCACACCUUGUACAAGCACAAACUGGGAUACAGCGUGGACGAAGUCAUAAGAGAGUAUUUCCAAGACAAGGAGGAUGCGUUCUCUAUGAAACAUGUUCUCCCGCUGGGUAAGCCCGUUCGGUUUUGGUCUCACACCCCCUCAGGGCGGGAACGCAAGAAGACAUCCACCAGAGCUCAAGCCGUCGCAGCGUAG